AUUGAAAUUACUGUUUUCAACAGUAAACGUUUAAAAGACGAAAGAAAAAUAACCUAUUGUGAAUGUCGGCAAAGUUUAUAAGAAUUUGACACAUAGCGAAGGAGGUAAUCAAAAUAACAACAAAAACCACAAACAUUACAGAUCUGGUGCUAUUUAUUUGCCACAUGUCCGCUGAGAAUGAGAAUGUGCAUCAAAUUAGAAUCAAAACAAGUAUUUAAGAGACAUCUGACCAAAAAGCAGAAUCAGUUGCAGCAAAAACUAACGGUAGCUUUAUAUCGCACAUCAUAAAAACUGGAUCCCGGCAACAAUAAAGCGGUUGUUACUAAACGUAUUACACACACUAGAGAUAACAACCGAAAGAAAAAGCAUGAACGGCAGCUCGGCAGCAACUACACCAACACUACACAAAUUAACUUCUUUAAAACCGGCCCGUGAUUUGACAUUGGGUGGACGUGGUGGCAAUGCCGGUCCUAAUGCAGCAAAAAAGGUAUUCACGCCCAACCUCAAUGUGGUGCGCAACAAGAACACCAAUGUCAAAACAUCAAAGGACACUACAGCCCGCGGUGGUCGUGGACGCGGUGCGCGAGGUGGACGUGGUGCCGGCAGUGGAACGCGAGGUGGACGUGGUGGUGCUGCUGGCGGUGCCAAUUCAUCGCUCAUACAAACUACUGGUGUGUUUUCAGAAGGUGCUGGUGCUAUAAACAUACGUAAAGCGAGCUCGGGCGGCUCAGGUUUCGGCAGUCGAAAUGUCGAUGAUGCCGCCUCACAAAUGCGUCGGCCAACAAUAAUAAAACAGGAACAUUUGAAAAAAAUUGAUACGAAAGCUGAUGAAGAGCAACUGCGUGAACUACUUGGUGAUACAGAUGAAGAUGAUUUAGUAAAUGAAAAGACUGAUUUAGAAAUGAUGCCGGUCAAACUCAGUAAUGCCAAGUGGAAGCCUAUAAAAAUUGAAGUUAAGCAAGAGAAAGUAGAGCCUGGAGUAAAAAAUGAAGCUGCUGAAAUUUGUGAAGAUAUCGAAUCCGCUGUCGCUAUUGCACAAAAUUUGCAAACGCAGGUUGUAAGAGAAGAGCAGCAGCAACAACGCACAAACGGUGCCUUGGAGCGAUAUCCAGAGUCCGUUGCUGAACUGCUAGACCGAACACAAUCACAGCUAUUAUUAUUACAGCUGCCAAAUGUGUUGCCUUGUGAAGACGAUGUGGAGGAAGUUAUCGAAAAGCCACAUCAUGAAAAGAACAUUACUGCAGACACACCCUCUACAUCACAAAAUCCACCUGCUACAAAACCACCAACGAAGCGUACAUCGAUGAAAGAUUUGGAAGAGGGUAAAAUUGGUAGAUUACUACGCUACAAGUCGGGGAAAGUAAAGCUGGUUUUAGGCAAUACGUAUUUCGAUUUAAAUAUGGGCAUUGAAACUGGUUUCCUACAAGACCUCAUGUCCAUCAAUACCAACCGAGAAGAACGUAGUGGCAAUAUGAUUAAUCUCGGUUCCAUACAAGCGAAACUGACAGUCACGCCCGACUGGGAGCAUUUAAUGGAACAAGAAGAUCGACGGCAGCGUUCAAAACCUGCAUAGCACUGCGAACAUUAUAACUUUUAUAUAAAUUUAGUUAUAAAUUAUAUGUUAAUUCGGCGACUAUUUCUAAGUUACUGUAGUUUAAGCCGAGAAAGCGCUCCCUGAAGCUAAUUUUGUGAAAUUAAUAUUGGGAAGGCGUUAAGAAAUUAUCAACAAUUGAUACCUUUUUUUGUAAAAUAAAAAGUUAAAAGGUAAUUGUUUACUUUGAAAAACAUAUGUAUUGUACAUGUCAUGUACAUGUGUAAUAAAUAAAGCUAAACUGUGAGUUAGAACAAAGUGAGAAAAA